GCGCAAGGGCCGGCCGAGUUGCCGGAUGUUUCCACCGUGGCUGGGGCGCGUCGCGGAUGUGGCGGGCGCUGGGCUGGUGAGCUACCUGUCGCGCUGCCCGCCCUGCCCGUCGCUCCCAGCCCCGGCGAGCUGCAACGUGAGCCUCGUGUGCCCGAGCAUCCCGCCGUGCCCGGCCCUGCCCAGCGUCCUGGGCGGGCCGCACUGGGCCCAGGCGGGCUGGGGAGCUGCUGCCGACCGACGCCGAGGAGCUCGCGUGCUGCGCCUGUCCGUGCCUUGUCGGCUGGAGCUGGCCAGGAUGGCGACCACUCAGUGGGUAUACGUCUGGUACGCCGGCGAGAACAAGUGGCACCAGCACCUUAACUUGGGAAGGAUCGCUCUCAGUCGGAGCGACCAUGUCAUCUACACGGCGGAUGGCGACAUGUAUAUCAUCCAGAUCCGGGAUAAUCCAGACAUCCAGGCGACGAGGUUCGGCACGUACGCCACUCCCCCCGUCGGCCUGCGGAGGGCCGACGUCUACGGCUUCCGACAGGAGCCGACCCAGGCCGAGGUCCGUCAGCUCGUGGUCGAGGCCGAGGAGGUGGCGGGCCAGGAGUGCAGGCGCCGGGCGGAGCUCAUCGGGGACCUGCAGGUGUUGCGCGGGCUGAAGGUGCUCGUCCCCCCUGGGGGGGCCGCGGCCGCCGGCCCUGCAGCGCCGCCGCCUGGCCCCGCCGUGGGCCUGCUGCGUGGCCGCGCUACUGCCGCGGGGGCGACGCCUCGCGCAGGUGGGGUGGCCGACGUGAACGACGGCGUGUGGCCCGUGGCGGCGUGCGUGGGCGACUUCAGGGUGGGCGACGAGAUCGUGGAGCACGUGCCGUCGCCCUCCCGCGUGGGGGACCGGGACCUCCACCUGCUCCCGUCGGGUGAGGCCCUCUUCGUGGAGUUCGUCACCUCAGCGGCUCUGCCGGGGUUCUUGCAGCGCGCCGUGGGGGCCGACGCGAGGAUCCUGCCCGUCACCCGCAACAAGCGGGGGAAGAGGGAGCUCACCUGGUCGGCGAUGGUCGAGCUCACCAACCGAGAGGAGUUCGACGCCUCCGACUGGGGGCUCCCCGGCCCCCGCACGGCCGACUGGUGCAUGGACUACAUCCUGAAUGAAGGCCUCGGGAUCGAGGGCCACCACGAGCACUUCAGGUCGAUCUGCAAGCUCGCGGCCUCGGACUGGGGCGUGCAGGAGCACUACCAGCUCAGCCUGCAGCUCAAGCAGGCCCUCUGCAUCGACAUGCUGGACGGCUCGAAUCUAGUGAGGAUGCAGACGAUCGAGUUCGCCCACUGGGACAAGGCGAAGGACCAGGAGAGCAAGGGGAUCGGCGGCAAGCUCUCGCUGGAGGAGCAGGCCGCGUUCUCGGGCGUGACGCGCGCCCACACGGCCAUCAUGAUCUGCCCGGACCUCAUCGAGCAUGUUCGGGCGGAGCUCGAGAGAGAGGGGAAGCUCAACAAGAACCUGCGCCUGGCACGCGAGGAGCGCGAGUCCAGGGACGUGACUCGGGCUGUGGAUGCAUUGAAUUGGUUGAACGACUCGUCUACUCAUGUCGGGCGGGACCGCAGUUUUACAGCAGGCGCCCUGUCGCUGGCCCAGCGCCAGUGCCUGGCGCACAUCAGCAGCUCCGUGGAGAAACUUGGUGCUCCUCCGCGAGAUCUGUCUCCCGCAGAAGCGCUACGGCAGCUUCGCGCGGCCGGGGGCGGCUACUGCGUCGAGGAGUCGCCCCUCGGAAGCUAUGACCCCGCGCUCGUCUCCUUGCCGGACGGGAAGGUGCCUCCAGUACCGCUCUCGGACGUGUGGGGCGAUGGCGGGAUAUCCAAGGUCGAGCUUUUUGUUCAGCAGAGCCUGCUGCCGGCUGACGUGGCGGCCGCUCGACUGGACGCAUGCUCUGUCAAGACUCCCUACUCGGACCCUCGGCUGAGGUGCGCACGGGACUGGGAAGGUUUCGUUCGUGAUCUGCAUGCUCGUAAUUUGAUCGACUUCUCGCUGGACGACGGGGUGAGGGUCGACGCAUUUUUUGUCAAGAAGAAGGGGGGCCGCCUCAGGAUGGUGAUCGACUGCAGGCGCAGCAACGUCGUGUUCGCCGACCCCGCGCCUGUCGUCCUGCCCACGGGGGACUCGUUCGCCGCGCUCGAGCUGGACGAUCCCGAGGGCAUCCUGGACGUGGAGGGCGUUGACCUGAAGGACGCGUUCUACCACCUCGAGCUGCCCAUCGAGCUAAGGAGGUACUUCGUGAUGCGGCCCGUCCUGGCGGGCUCCGUCGGUGUCUCCAGCCUCGGGGGAAACCAGGUCGCGCCCGCGGCCAAGCUCUUCCCCAGGCUGAAGGUGGUGCCGAUGGGCUGGUCGUGGGCGCUGUGGUGGUGCCAGUCCAUCAUGGAGCGCAUCGCGGAGCAGUCGGGCUGCCCUGAGUCGCAGCGGCUGCAUGACGGUCGCCCUGCGCCUGGCCUCAGCGAGUUCGGGCACCUCCAGUACGUGGACAACUUCGUCAGCUUCGGCUACGACCGUGUCGCCGUCCGCGCUGCAGUGGCGCGGGUCGCGGCCGAGCUGGAGCGCCGCGGCCUGGUGGUCACGCUCGAGGAUCACGCUGGGGAGGAGGAGGGCACCUUCAACGUCCUGGGCUGGGACAUCGCCGCCUCGGGGAGGCUGUCCGCCUCGGGGAGGCGCCUGUGGCGUGCGCGGCUCGCUGUCAGGUGCCUGCUCAGGCGAGGCCGCUGCUGCGGGGCGGACAUCGAGCGCAUCCUCGGCCACCUCAUCUUCAUCGCGCUCGUUCGGCGCGAGGGCCUCGCGCUUUUCGAGGCCUGCUUCAGGUUCGUGCAGACCUCGUACCACGUGGAGGCCCCGCUCCCGGGCGGCGUCCGCACCGAGCUCGCAGUGUGGGAUGGGCUGGCGCCCCUCCUCUGGCGGGAUCUGAAGGCGGGCCCGUCGAUGGACGUGGGCGCGGUCGACGCGUCGCCGUGGGGCCUGGGCGCCUGUCAGUCCACCUGGGCGCCAGCGGCAGUCAAGUCCGUCGGGCGGUACUGCGAGCGGUGGCGCUUCGGGCGGGCGGAGAGGCUCCCGCCCCGGCGCCGCGCUCUGGCCGCCAGCCAGCGGGCGCUGGGCCAGGCCAUAGCUGCCGAGGUGGGUGACCCUGCCGCCGGCGGCCCUGGCCUCGUUGUUUUCGCGUCGGCUGCCGACGCCCUGCCAGCCGAGCCCGUCGGCCCGCCUUUGGAGCGCGACCUGGCCGAGUUCCCCGAGGUUCCAAAACGUCUCCUCGAGCGCUCGGCCUGGACUGUCACUGGGAGGAGGAAGUGGGAUCGUUCGGAACCGAUGCCCAUUCUCGAAGCCAGAGCGGUUCAUUAUCACCUUCGCCACGCCCUUCGGAAUGCAAACAACCAUGGCAAGAAGAUCUUGGUGCUAGGAGACUCUCUGACGGCUGUGGCCGCCUCGUCCCGCAUGCGAGCUCACUCACACGCAAUGCUCCGGGUCAUGCAGCGCAUCUCUGCCCUGUCCCUGGCUUCUGGGUCGUAUCUGUGCGUGAGGUGGGUUCCCACGGAGUUCAAUGUGGCCGACGGGCCCUCGAGGGGCAGGGGAUCUCCAACAAAGCCUACAGACAUCAUUCUUGACAAGCACGUCCCCGCUAAGCACGACAUCAAUAGCAAGCACGAGUACAACAUCAUCAGCACAGUCAAGCAUGAUAUUACCGACAUGCCCAUCAUCAGUAAGUGUGGCAAGCACGACAUCAGCAAGCACGACAAGCACGACAUCAGCAAGCACGAGAUCAGCAAGCACGACAUCAACAGGCACAGCUUUACCGACAAGCACGACAUCAGCAAGAUAGGCCAGCACGGCAGCAGCACGCACGACACCGACGUCAGCACGUUCUUUCCUUCGCAUCGCCGUUUUGGUUCAUGCUGUCCAGCUUCGAGGCCUUCGCCUAGCGAGAGUACGCCCCCAGUGCCCGUGCAGAGGAAGUGCGACUGGCAUGCUGGGGCGGGCUCGCCGCCGGAGUCGGUCGCCGCGGAGCCGGCCUUCGUCGACCUCGGCAGCCUCGCGACCGGGCCCCCCGGUCUGGCCGGGCCGCCGCGCUGCUCGCCAGGCCGCGCCUGCCGCGCGGACCGCGCCGGGCCCUCUGCAGGGCGUGAGGCGCAGGUGCGGCCGCCGCCGGGCGUGCAGGUGCUCAACGCCGCCGCGGUGCGCACGGCGAGGGGCAGGGAGGCCUACCAGGUGCUGCACACCGCGUUCGUGACUUGGGCCAGGAGCCAGCAGAUGGCGCUGUCCUCGGCCGCGGACGUCGACAAGGCAGCGGUGGGCUACCUGCACGUGAUGUUCGACGAGGGGAAGCACCUGACCUACGCCAACCGCCUCAUCGCGGCCAUCGCUUGGAUGCGGCCCGAGUUCAGUCGGCACGGCCAGCUCCGCCUCCCGCGGGCGAAGCAGGCUGCUGCGGGCUGGAAGAACCUGGCGCCGCCGAAGAGCCGUCAAGCGCUGCCGAUCGAGGUGGUCUUCCUGAUCAUCAACUGGCUUCUCCUCCAGCGGUCCUACGAGGCCGCGUUGGCGGCGUGGCUGCUGUUCGAGAUCUACGGUCGGCCGGGAGAGAUCCACAAGCUGCGAGCCGUGGACCUCGUGCCGCCGCUGAUGGCGCGGGGCGCGGCCCACCGCUUCUGGAGCGUGACGCUCCACGCAGCCGAGGUGGGCGACGUGUCCAAGACGAACGAGUUCGACAACUCCGUGCGGCUCGACCUGCCUCGUCAUCAGCGGCUGGCCGCGAGCCUGGACUGGAUGCUGGCGCGCAGGUGGGGCGCGGGCUGGAGGGCGAGCGCCCUCGCCCGAGAGGGCGGGGCCGCAGGCUUGCCAGGCUCGCUCUUCCUCAUCUCGCCCGCGGACGUGUCCCAAGAGUUCCGGCGGGCGGUGACCGCCCUCGGCCUCCGCCGCCUCGGCGCCGUGCACCUGUACCAGCUGCGGCAC